CUGUACUUCAGUGAUAAUGUUGGUCAAAGGGUCACCUUAAGGGGGCGGGGUUAGUUUUAUCACUGCUUCCCGGCGGGCGGUGCUAAAGAGCAACAACCUUACAUAACAUGUAACAGGAACAACACUGAUUGUUUUCACUUUACGGAUAAGUAGAAGUUAAAUUGUUACCUACGGGAGGUGUUGAAGGUUGAAACAAAGUGCCAGCUGUGUGUCGGUAUUAGUUUGUUCAUCAUAACUUUAUAUUAAAGGAGUUAAAGAUGGCUGCAGCUCUGGCCAACAGAGCGAUAGGAGCCAUCGUAGGAUCAACAGUUGCAGAUGCAGCAGCGCAGCCCCUCCACUGGGUGUACGACCUCCCAAAGCUGCAGGGGAUUCUGGCUAAGGAGCCAAACCCUGAGUUCCGCCCCGAGUCGGCCAAUCCUUUCUACAGGAGGCAGACGGGCCAGCAGAGCUGCUACGGAGACCAGGCCUUUGUCCUGCUGGAGUCCCUGUCUGAAUGUGGAGGUCUAAAUGUUGACGAUCUGAAGCAGCGCACACAGAAAUUCUUUGGGCCUGGAUCAGAGUAUGACACGCCUGUCAACGAUCCUUACAGAGAGAGAGGAGGACCAAGACCUCAGCUGCCCAUCGAGGGACCGUGGAGACACGCGAGUUUGAAGAGCUUCCUGAAGAAUGUGGAUGCAGGCAAAGAGGAGACUGGCUGUGAGGACGACUGUCAGAUUGAUGGAAUAGCCAAACUGGCUUUUUAUGCAGGGAAGCCUGAGAUGCUGGAAAAGGUUGAACAGGCAGUCCGUGUCACCCAGAACAACGACGCAUGUGUGGCAGAGACGCUAGCAGCUGCAAGGUUCCUGGAGCAUUUCAUCCUGAAUGGUCCGGAUCCAAAAGCCUUAGACUUGGUGCUCGGUCAGCUCAGUGACCCGAACAGGAAGCAGCCUCAGGAUCUGGACAAAGCCAUCAUCGGUCACAUUCAUCAGGUGAAGGAGAAUCUAUCAAAGACUCCUAAGGAGCUAAUCCCCGCUGUGUUUCCAAACACAUGAGGUUUGCCUGGUGCGUUCCAAGCAGCGCUGCAUGGAGUCCUGACGGCCAAGCACUAUGAGCAGGCCAUCAGAGAUACCAUGAGCUGCGGGGGGUGCACCUCGAGCAGAGGGUCCUUCAUCGGAGCCUGUCUUGGAGCUCAGGUUGGAUUUGAGGGAAUUCCAGCUUCCUGGACAUCCAAGACCAAUCGUUUCGACUCCGUGUUGGAGCAUGCCAAGAAGAUAACCAAACAACACCAAUAGUCUUUUUUUUACAAUCCGAGGUGGCUGAAAACAAAAUGAAAAACUGUUGAGCUUUCACAGAACAGUGAAUGAAGGUUCUUGCCUAAACUGUUGGACGGCAGGAGCCAGAUGGUUUUGUCUCUGUUAAAGUGAAACAUGUUGGUUCAGAUGUUCAGUAACUGAGUUUGUCUUCAAUAAAGUAAUUCUGAAAAGAA